ACUGCUGAAAACACUAGUAGGGCACCUGCUUCGAUAUUUCCCACAAUGCCCUUGUGGAGACUUGACUCCUAUCGAGAGAUCGGGCUGGUUUGGGAAAUUGAACAAUUAGGAAGUUUGGGAGAGACUCACAGCUGAUGGCUUGGAUUGUGCUUGUGUUUCGAGGAAGCAUUCACUAAUCUUGGGAUCCGUUUGGGAGUAUGCUCUUGUAAUUCUCAUUUGGUUCGCAAACACAGUUUGGGACUUCUUUCAUGUAUGCACUCAGCGACGCUCUACCUAUCAUUGCUUGAGGUUUACUGAUUUUAUAUUGUGGUAUACUCCAAAGAGAAUUUUCAUUACAUUUUCAAACUUUGUGGUUACCAGGAAGAUAUUAUAUAUCUGGACAGACUAAAGAGGAUUUUCUUCAGAUUGUGAUUGUUUGUGUUGAACAGCAUCGUAUUGCCACUGCCAUCUAGUCAGUUUAUUUGAACAAUACAUAUCCAGGAAUGCUUAACUAUGAAUGUAGUCAUCUUCCAUAGUACAGCAAUGUUUUUCUUUUCUUCAGUUUUAGCUUAUUAAUGAUAUUUUGUGUUUAUGUCACUUGCAGCCAAGCCCCUCCAGAAAGUUGGUUUCAGGAUUGUGGGAGAGUGAUUUGCCAUUGAACAGAAUUGGGCAUAAUCAUUUCUUCAUGGUAUAUUUGGAUACAUUGUAAGUGGAAAAAUGUUGACUGUUUGCAAGUAAAAAUCAUGGAAGUGACUGUAAUAGAAGCACAAUGUUCACCUUUAUUAUUAGCUGAACCGAAGUGCCUGCUUGGGGUCUGCCAGCUUUUGUAAGGUUUUAGCACUUGGAACAUUGCCAUUUUACUUUUGUGCCUUUGGUAAACUACAAUUCGUUCUUCUCCCCUUUAUAAUUAUAAAUAAACGGCCUUACCUUUGAUUGCACAUGGCCUUGAACAGACAGUGAAAUGCUUGACAAAACUUUCUAUUAGAAUUGUAUCACCAAACAAUGGUGCUUUUUUAGGGGUCUCAACAUUUUGAAGGCAGUUUCGCAUUUGCUAGAAUGCUAUACUUCCUACAGUAAGACAAGAUUCUUUAUAUACGCUAAAAGUGGAUUUGUAUCAGAUGAAUCCUUGAUUAAUACCACUGGAUUUCAAGGUUUCUAUCAUUCAUUACAGAAGGAUCUUCUGCAAGAAAAGUACAUGAGUAUAUUUUCCUAAAUGUGACUGAAGUGCCAGGUUAUUAUCGAGAUGUGAUCGUCGCAAAUAUAAAAUGAAUGUUUGUGGUAGGCAUGGCCAACUUAAGGCAGUUUUUAGAACAGUAAGUCAGAUAAGUUCUGAUGACAUUUCAUGCACUGGAUACAAUAAGUCUUCUAGUUGUGAAUGAGAUUUCCUUUGAGUCUUUUAAGUGGUGAUUGUUGCUUAGUUUUUUAUCAGAGGAUCUAACGUGGAGAAUACAUGAAGAAUAGAAAACAAUUGCAGACUUCAGAAACUGUUUGGCAUCUCCAUUUGUUCAAUGAUGAGGACACUUAUACAAUGCCUUUUAGGAAACAUCUGUCAAUGAAAUUAUAUGAUUGUUUUGUGUUUCCAUAAUUUGAUAUCAUGCAACUUAUCUCUUGACAAGUGACCUGAUCGAAAUUCAAGAUUGAAAACUGAAUAAUUAGAGCCAUUUUGACAUUUAUUUUGUGGAAAGGAUUGUCUACGAUGCCAAGUGACAUAGUAUCCUUCUCAUUUGAUGGAUGUGCCCAUGACAUCCUCCUUCGAGAUGUCAUGCACUGUGGGUUCCUCUACAAGAAGGCCCAGGAUCGUAAGGUGGACGUACUGGGAGAGGUCGGAGAGCAGGUGGGCAGGGUUCUUGGGUUCCAGGACCGGUCUAGGAGGUGGCAACUACGCUACGUCAUCAUAUAUCAGCACUAUGUAUUGUACUUCAGGGACGACAAGGCUAAGAAGCCGCAGGGGGUCUUUUCCCUUACGGGCUACAACAGGGUCAUGCGUGAUGAGGCGGUGUCAGACGAAAGAAAGUGGUCUUUCAAGAUCAUUGGAUUAAGGUCAGACUCAAGGACAUGGUACUUCAAUGCGGCAUCAGAAAAAGAAAUGAAGCUAUGGAUGGCCUAUUUCAAAGUUGCUAUGGAACAAGCACUCCACGGAAAGGCUCGAGAAAAGUCGUUAAAAAUCCUUCAGGAUCUGAAAUACAAGAACAGCCACCGGGACACGCUCUUUGAGGACGAUUCCAGGCACUCGGGGUCAAGCAGCGGGGGGUCAACCAGUGGGUCAAAUGACCCCUUGGUCUAUGAGGAUAUUGAGAUGCCCCUUUAUGAUGACACGGCUAGUCCUACCAGUCCUAACUCACCGCGCCAUCGGCCCCUCCCAUCGUUACCGCAAUGUAUUGAUGAAUUUGAUGCAAGUCCAAGACGGUCGUCAGCCGGUGCUAGGUCAGGCAUUCAAAGACCCGAUCAACUCUCUUCAAGGUCAACCAUGGAUCCUGAUCAGGGAGUAGGUCUAGGAGCAAGAACUCAUUCAGACCCCACAAAGCAGCAAAAUGACCACUCGUCAUCAUCCUCCUCAUCAUCAUCUUCCUCAUCAUCAUCCUGUUCAUCAUCUGGUUCGAUCAGGGGAUCAUCCACGCCAGGAACCAGGUAUAAGAUCAGCUCGAACUCUGCUCCAGGAUCACCGAGCAGUCGACCUCGCUGUCCAGAACCGCUUAAAAUCCCACACUAUGAUGAAGAUUAUAUUACCCCUGAGAUGGAUGCUCAGUCACCGAGCAGACCUCUACCACCCACCCCUGGAACACCCAAGAUGGGUCAGAUGAUCAUACCGAUAGGAAGGAGCCUUCAACAAGAAAUAGAAAAUAGGAAGAGGAGAGAACCCAGUAGUAAGAGACUGACCACCAGGCAGCCAUCAAUCGAUGAGGGACUGGAAGAAGACAAGCCAACAUUGAGGAGAGGACCAGAGGGUAAUAGUUUCAGGAAACCGAUCACAGAAAGACCACAUUUUCCUGAGCCAGUAGUAAAGCCAUUAGUAUCAGCCAAACCUUCAGAUGCAAACAAGCCAGCUACGAGACCAAAGCCAAAAAUUACACCCAAACCACCAGUUAAGCCCAAGCCAUCAGGUGGUCCAGCUACCGUGAUGCUACUUCCUGAUGCAGCAUCCAUCCAAUCCUCAGACAAGGUCUAUACAGAAGGUCUUUUACGGAAGUAUCGAUGUGAUGGUAUGUACCUUGUCCGGCUAGGCUCUGAGCAAGGCCAGGUCCUUAUGGUAUGGGACAGCCAGAACUCUAGAUGCAAACAUUAUAAGAUAUUUCAGGAUCAGGAUUCAAAUCUCCACUUGGACCAUGUACCAAAGUUUGACAACAUCCUCAGGUUAUUAGAACAUUACAAGACCAAUGCAUUACCAAACAGCAAUUUAUAUCUUCAGAAGGCAUUCAGUGGUUGAGAGAAAACCAACUGAACCAAGGACAACCAAAAAUAGGCUGAGCUUAGAUUCUUGGAUUAUCAUAAUAUUCUACCAAUCGAACCACCAACAAUCAGAAAAGUUUGAAGCUUGGAUUAUGUGGUGAUGAUGAUGAUGACAGACAUCUGUUCCUAUGGCAACAGAUGCUUGUUUCCUAUGACAUCGAUGACUUAGCUUAUGGAAUGGUAGCAUGCAUGGACUCUCCGACAUUAUCAUCUUGUGAUUACCUUAAGUUCCCAUGACAACAGUUGCUCAUGACCAAUGACAUCGAUGACAUAGCUUGCGGAAUGGUAGAGUUUGAAGAUGCAGUGUGAAGCUUACCACAAUAGUCAUCCCAUCAUGUGAUUAACAUCCAUUUCCACGACAACAGAUGCUUAUGACUGAUAACAUCUAAGACAUAGCUUGCAGAUCGAAUGAAUGGUGCAAGACGCGGACCCUGUGCAAAGAUGCAUUUCAGAAAACCUUGUCCUGACGCAAGAUCAACCUGAAAGCGUGUUGAUAAUCUUUAGGGCAGUGUGGUUCAUGACUCAAACUAGGGAUGCAACAAGCCAAAUUAUUUAAACUGAUGAUGAUGUUUAAAGUAGUGACAUUCUUGACAUCAACAAACAGUAUUACAUAGUCUUUUUGUAACUUGAUUGAGAAUAUCAUGAGCUCUGCUAAUUUCUCAAGAUAUUUAUUUUAGAGACACUCUUGUUCAUCAUCAAGUGCGUAGAGAGUCUCUUACCUCUAAUGCGCUAUACAAACUUCAAAUAUUAUUAUUAUCUGAGAGUGAUACACCAUCUGGUGUAGAUAUCAUACCUCAAUCUUGACAUGUGGUCUAAAAAAGCAUACAAGAUGGCUUUAUGUAAUGCAGGAUGUGAUAUGGAUGGCAGAAUUUAGAUGUGGAGGAAUUUAAAGAAGUGGGAAUCGGUGUACGGACCCGAUGAGCUCACUAGCUGUUUGGUUAUCAUCAGGGUAUAGGAUUUAGUUUUUGAACAGGUGGUUCAGACUAUCAUUGAAGUAAAUCCAUGAGGUCAUACAAUUCAAUUGGGGCAUGAAGUAAUAGUUCAUCCCCCUCCUCCCUGAAUAAUAGAUUCACUGCUUGGAUUUACGCCAGUGGCGCUAGUUUGGGAUGGGUGGUUCAGAUUCUUGUUGAAGUUCCUUAGUAUGAGAAUAGAUGGUUCAUACUCUUGUCAAAGUGCCUUAGUGUGGACACAGGUGGUUCAGAUUCUUGUUGAAGUGCUUUAGUAUGGACACAGGGGUUUUGACUCUUGUUGAAAUAUCUCAGUAUGAGAACCAGAAGUAAUUUUGUUCAUCCAUUGUAUGAGAAAUAUCGUUACCAACUACUGCACAUUACAUUCCUGAACUUGCCAUAGUAAGAACUCUUACAAGCAAAUACUUUUUAUGCAGUUCUUUAUCACAGAGGACUGGAGUUGCCUUCCAACCGAGUAGCAUAGUAGGUCAAAGCAGCCUAAUGUGUACUUAAGUGAUAGCAUAAUGAAAAAAAUGUGUGAUUUUCAGUCUGAAUGCUUGUUAAAAGGCUGAAUCAAUCUUCAGAAAAUAAAAGUUAUGUGAUAAUGCAAUAUGAAUUUUGGUAUAUGAACUGCCAAUCUACGAUUUUAAAAACAUUUGUGUAUUUAAAUGAAACUGCUUCAGGCAUUGUUUGAAUCUGUGUGUGUAUAUUUUGUAAAAUAAUCCAUCUUAUAUGUAUAUAAUACUGUAGCAGUUGUUGAAAUUAUAUAAGCUGUGUUACCAUGGCAACUUAUAGAUAUGUAUACAGAGCAACGUGAGUAAAUAGCUGUGAAUAUUGAGUCAUAUCAUUCCAAAUUAUAAAUAUAUACAUAAGAAAUGAAAAAUAUAUACACAGAAAUUAACUAUUUUUGUACAAAAUUGUUGGUAAAUGACUUGCAUAUAUGCAACCUGUGGUAUGUAAUGUGUUUGUGCAUGCAUAAUAGUGUUGAGCCAAAUUGAAGGAUUUUUUAAAGCAGAUAUGUAUUUUUCCUUCAUUUUUUAGGUAUUAUGUUAUUGCAUAUAUGUUUAGUUGUGUCUGUUUGCUAGCUAUGUGUGUAUUUUCAAAGUAAAGAAAACUGGGAAAGAAAUGGAGAGAGAGAGAGAGAGAGAAAGAAGAGCUAGUUGGAGAAGAAGAGGUUGCACAUUGACAGCACGUGUGCGGGGUGUGUGUGUGUGUGUGUGUGAGAGAGAGAGAGAUGCUAAAGCCACAACAGCCAAACCUGAAGGAUUAAAGCUAUCACGUCCAAAUGAUAUAUCAUUGGUCGGUUUGGAGUUGGUCUCGUUAUUGUGACUGAUAUCAGAGAAGGAAAUAAUUAUAGAAAAGUCUUUCACAAUUUACUAAUAAUAUUUUCAUAAUAGAAAUGUGUGACGUACCCAGCAAUAAUGUAUAAGUGUCAAAUCUAAUUGAGAUGUAACUUUCUGUGUUUCUUUAGAAUAUAUGACCUAAAGAAGGAUAUUUAGAUGAAGAAAAUAAAUUUCUGUUAAAAUUUGAAUAUGUUGAAACCUUUAAUUGCAAUAUACUAUUCAAUGUUGUUUGUCAAAUGUGGACUUGAAAAUCGUGUUUUUGCAAUUAUGUCUUUGCAUUGAGUAAUUCAUUUAUUUAUUCUCAUAGAGAUGCCACUUUGACAGCAUGUUUUAGUUUGUUUACAUUGAAUAAGAUCCAAAUGUGAAAUGAGUUAUAACUAUUUAUGAAUUACAUGUAUAUCUAUAAUUAGUGGAAGAGACUUUAAUUGUUAUUGAAUUUUCAUCUAAUUGAAAAUUGGAGUGCUACUCCUUCAUAUUGUGGUUUGAUCAGGGUUGUAAAGUGUGCCUUUGAAUAUACUCUUAAAAAGUACUGGUCAAAAUAACCAAUGCAUUGGUGAGCAUGUGUCCUACCAAUAAAAUUGGUCAAAAUCAGCCAAUUUUAUUGGUUAGAAUUUAGUAGAAUUUGGGGUCAUAUUGACCAUUUUUAUCGGUAGAACACAUAUUCACAGAUUGUUUACUUGGAACGAUUCUUUUUAAGAGUAUAAGGUGAAGUAGUGCCUUUUUAAAUUGCUGAGUCCUCACAUAAUUAUGUUGCCAAUUUGUGUUUAGUGAUUAAUAUUUGACAUCUACACCAAAAACCUUUUUCUAGUAAAUGUAGAGUAUAAAUCAAAGAAGCAUUAGUCUCAAAUUUCCCAUUUUAGAAAGUUUGAAGCUAACUUAGGAAUGUCAUGACCCCGGUUUGUGAUAAUAUUAAGUUUUAUUACAUGGUUGAUUUGCAAAUAGGGAAGAAUGAUGUUACACAAUCACACUAUUUUUGUAUUGCAUAUAACAUUAUUAAAUACUUCAAAUAUAUAAUAAAAAGAGUACAGUUAGUGUGUGACGUCCUAAGCUCUCUAAUUUGCAUAGAGACCACUUUAGGCAUAGGUUCGAUGAAAAAUGUAAACUUAUAGAUAUGCUAUAACCUCACAAACUUCUAUUAAAGCAGUUUCAUCUUAAUGUUUUGUUAGACGUGGCCUUUAUAUCUUUUUUUUUUCAUUCCCUGUCCUGUCUUUCAUAAAACUUUCACAAUUAUGAUUCUAUGUUUUUUUUUACUACUGUUAAUUACCAUACAACUUUUUUUAAAAUUAAUAACACAGUUUCAAAAAGUUUACCCUAUAUUGGUUAAAUGGAGACAGGCAUGUUCGUUGGGUAAAAUAAUGCAGAAUGCGGUGUAAAUUUGACUCAAUGUUUUGUGAAAAUCAGCCAUAAAAAAAUGUUUUUACCCAACAAACAUUCAUGUGUUUUUUCACCAAAUAUUAGGCAACUGUUGACUCAAUCUUUUUUAGAGUGUAUAUGGUAUCAAUCUGGCUGAAUGAUAAAGGAGAAGAAAUUGAUGGUGUGUUAAUGUAAGAUGAUGAAGAUACAGAAAAAAAAGAUAAGUGUUCGAAUGUUUUACUUAGCACAGAUGAUUUGCUUAGCCUUAGUGGAUAGCUAGAAAUUUUAUUUAUGCUUUGUAAUAUUGAUUUUAGAUUUAUUGAAUAUUUUCAUUAUGUUUUUGAGCAAUUAGAUAUGUUGCUGAUGUAACGAUUGCUAUUUAUGUGCGCAGUGCCAUUAUCAUUAUAUAUGAUGAUGAUGAUUGUAAUAAUCCCAUUCACCUUAUUACAAUAUUGUUUUAUUUAACAUUAACUGUAAGGGCUUUAAAAUUGCAGAAUAAUGUGCAUUUUUUUCCUGUUGAGAUUGACAAAAGUAGUUCAGGAUAUUUGAACUUUCUUCUUGUCCAGCAUUUUUUUUAAUUUAUAAUUAUUUUGUGUUGUUGAGGCUGUUCAAACUUAUGUCAUUUAAUAUGUUUUGGUCACAGUGGCGUUUUUCAAAGUUCUGCUUUACAAUGCUCAAGGUAUUUUGAUGGAAAAGAAUGUUUGAUCUCUUCCAUGAAGUUUCUUCCUUCAUUUAUACUGUGUAUCAUUUGAAGCUAUCAUUGAUUCGUGAAAGAAUUAUAUGUUACUCAGAAAGAGUAAAUUUGCUUUACUCGUGUUAUCAAAAUAUGAUACGAUAUGAAAAGAA